GUAAAAAAUGAAACUCUUUGCGUUUAUUUGAAUAUUCCUUGUCAAUUCUAUGAAUAUUUUGGGAUAUUUUUGGAAUGUUAAUUUUGGAUUUUAGGAACAUUUUAUAAAUUUUCCAGGAAUAUCUAGCGUUUACUGGGAUUAGUUUCACAUUAGGAUCCAAUUAAUGUCUAACGUGAAAAAAUUGAGUAAAUAUUAUUGCUUAACAUUUGCCCAAUAUUGUCCAAUGCUAUUGAACUAAUAUUGCUGACAAAUAUUGGUUAAAUAAGAGGUGAUAUCCAUUUUACAAUAUUGGACCAAUGUUGGAAAAUCAAUUCAUCCGCAAUAUUUAACAUUGGAUUUAUAUAAUUUCCCAAUAUUGCGCCAACAUUUUAUGCUACUAGGGAUUAUUUAUAGUAAUUUACACUUACGCUCGUUUACGCAGCGUAUCUCUUUUAUCUGUAAGCAGAUAUGUGAUUUCGACACUCAUCUGGAACAAAAUAUGAAUUGUGCUCAUUAUCACUCUCAAGUGCCGCCGAGUCAGCAUCCGAAUUAUGGAUUGAUUAAAGUAAAGAAUUUAAGUAAAGUAAAUUAUAAUCUCUAGCGAACAUAUUAAUCUUCUGUGUGAAGCCAAUUGCCAAAUUCGAUCAGAACGUGGAUAUUACUCACUGAUAAACGAUUGUCAACUUUUAGUGCGCGCGUUAAAAAGAUCGUCGCUAAGAGUGCCUUAAAUCAACCAAUACAAAAGUUAGAAUCUUAAAAUAUUCUGACGUAAACGCGAAUAGCAACGGACUAUCGAUUACAGCUCAACUGAAGUUCAGAAGUGUUUUUGGCACAUAAUAGAUCGCCACUUUAAAAAAGUGAAAGCUGCAUGAUUAUCUCAUUGAUGAGGUAACUUGUAUCUUUUGUAUUUUAAUCUUUUUAUUUCCCACUUGAUAAAAUUCGACCAAAACUGAUUAAUCAUAAUCGAUUAAUAAUGUAAUACUUUGUUAUCAUUUAAGUUUUGAUUAAUUUAAUUAUAUCGUAAUUUCGAUUACGAAUAUUGAAAUGAUUCAUACCUUACAUCUCUUGUUUUACAAUCUCUUGUCACACAAUGUUUCAUAAUUCUACACUGCGUAAUAUGACUCAUUUUAAAUUCUCUUUUAUCGAUAAAGAUAAAAGCCUCUCCAAAUGUGACUGGAAGCUAAUCAGAAGGCAUACAAGCUAUAUUUAGAGAUACUUCUACCAAUAAAAGAGAGUUCAAAAGACCUGCAUAUUUCAUAUUUUCAUUCAACUUUUACGUUCAAGUGCUAUUCGAGCGGUUAUUGUUCUUGACAGAGAUGUGGUCUUAGUUUCUUAAGUUUUUCCUCUAAUCAGUAGAUCUCAGUUUGUAUCUAUGAGAUAAAGUUCAUCUAAUCAAUCGUAGAAUAAUAUCAAUAAAAAUGUAAUAUACACGCAUAAGUGAUAACAGUUUCAGGGUCGAUAACUUGUUCCCGAUCGCAAUAAUGAGAGAAAGAAAUAUUUAAUCGUGCUAGAUUUACAAUCGUUUUCGCCACUAUCUUUUUUGUCAUUCUCUACUUUCGAAACAAUAUUAACAUAUGAAUAUUAACAAUAUGAAUAUAAGAUGAUUAUCACUAACGCUGUAGGAAUAAUCUCAGUAAUAACAAAGCGAUAUCAAUUGAAAACAACAAAGUCACAUUAUAAAUUGAAAUUAAAAAACUAACAAUAAAAAAUUAGCGAAGAGAUUUUUUCGUGAGAAGGACGUGAAGUUGACACCAGAUUUUUAAGUGGCAGUUAAUAGCGGUACGUCAAUAACGCAUAAGAAACGAUGGAUUCACCAAGAAUGAAGUCAAGGCCGAAUCCGAAGGAGAAAGCGAACAUCGUGUCGGUAUUGCUGUGGUGGUGGGCCACCGAUGUGUUUCGAUUGGGCUACACGAAAGUUGCAGAAUUAGAAGAUUUUUAUGAACUCUUGAAAGAAGAUCGAUCGAACAUCCUCGGAGAUCGUUUAGAAAAACGAUGGACCAUUGAGUUGGAAAACUCGAAGAAACAGAAGCGCAGACCGAACUUGCUGAGAACUAUUUUGCGCACGUUCUUACUAGAGUACAGCGUACUCACUUUGCAGCACAUAAUCACGGAAUUUUUCAUAAGAUUGAGUAUGCCGUUCCUGCUGGGAGGUGUCCUGCGCUACUUCAGGAAUGAUUCCAUGGAAACAUAUGAAACCGCAUUAUGGUACGCGGCUGGCAUGUGCACAGCGAGCAUCUUGAAUGUGAUAUGCUUCAAUCACUUUUGUUUCGGCGCUGCACAAGUGGGCUCAAAAAUUCGCAUAGCCGUUUGCUCCGUUAUGUAUAGAAAGGCUUUACGACUGAGAGAAACAGCGUUGGGAGAGACGACACCGGGCAAGGUGGUCAAUUUGAUAGCCAAUGACGUGAACAGAUUCACCUUUGUCUCCCUUACUACACAAUAUAUGUGGUCAGCGCCUUUGUGCAGCUUAUUUGUGGCGUAUAUUCUGUACUCAGAAAUCGGAUAUUCUAGUUUGAUCGGUAUUGCCAUCAUCUUCACAGUUGCGCCGAUUCAAUCUUACACCGGCAAGCUUAUGUCGAAAUAUCGGCUGCAGACUGCCAUCAAAACUGACGAGCGAGUCCGGCUGAUGGACGAGAUCAUCUCGGGAGUGCAGGUGAUCAAGAUGUACGCCUGGGAGAAGCCAUUCUGCGCCUUGGUCGAGUUGGCACGCAAGCUGGAGCUGCGAGUGGUCACCAAGAGUUCAUAUAUCCGCGGUAUCUAUAUGACUUUCAGCCUCUUCACUACCAGGAUGGCGCUAUGCAGCGUACUCAUCUCUAUGCUCCUGUUUGGCCACAAGCUGACCGCCGACAAGGUCUUCGUUAUCUCGACCUACUUCAAUAUCCUCUCUUUUACUAUGACUAGUAUGUUUGUGCGAGGUGUCGCCGAGCUGGCAGAGUGCUUGGUGGGCGUGCGAAGACUGCAGAACUUCCUCAUGUACGAAGAGUACGAGAGCAGAAAUGUCAUCGUCUGCAAGCAGCCGUCCAGCAACUAUAACGGAAAAACUCACUCCGAAUCCGACAAAAUUUCAGGACAAAAUAUAUCCUAUAUCAAUGGCGACGUGGAGAACUGCGAGAUUUCGAACGGCGACGUGGAGAACUGCGAGAUUUCGAACGGCGACGUGGAGAACUGCGAGAUUUCGAACGACGACGUGAAAUGGAAUAGAUCGGCUAGCAUCAGGACUGAUUCUAAAGAUUCUAUUACAAACGAACAAGUAUUUUGUGUGCAUAACUGGGCCGUCAAAAUGACCAAUGUCAACGCCAAGUGGGAGCUCGGCAACUUAGAGAACACGUUGGAAGAUUUGAACCUGGAGGUGGAGAAAGGCAAACUGUACGCGGUCAUUGGUAUGGUGGGCAGCGGGAAAAGUUCCUUGCUGUCCGCGAUUUUAGGCGAAAUCAGUCUAGUAAAUGGAGAGACGAGGGUUCACGGUAAACUGAGCUACGCUGGUCAAGAUGCUUGGGUAUUCGGCUCCACCAUCAGGCAGAACAUCCUCUUUGGACAGAAUUACGACUGUCAGCGGUAUCAAGAAGUGAUCAAAGUUUGCGCUUUGUUGAAAGACUUACAACAAUUUCCGCAGGGUGACCAAACCGUCGUAGGUGAACGAGGUAACAUGUUGUCCGGCGGUCAGAAGGCUAGGAUUAACUUGGCCAGAGCCUUGUACAGGCAGUCGGAUAUCUACUUGUUAGACGACCCUUUAAGCGCAGUCGAUGCACACGUGAGCAAACAUCUGUUUCACGAUUGUAUCAAGAAAUAUCUGGCAGGAAAAACGACGAUCUUAGCGACGCAUCAGUUGCAGUACAUAAAGGAAGUAGAUGGUAUUAUAUUGCUCGAACAAGGAAAGAUGAAGUACUUCUCGCACUAUCAAGACUUAUUGGCUUAUCAACCUGAAUACAAUGUACUCUUAUCGGAGGAGGAUGAGGAGGCUGAUGAGUUGUCUGUGCACAAGAGAAUGAGAGAACAACAGAUCUUUACUUCAAGUACUAAAAAUAGUACUUUAGAAAUCAGUAAGAUAGAAGAAGGUGGGGAAAACGAAAAUGUUACGAAGAAGGUGGAUCUCGAAAAGACCUCACGCGGAGUGGUGAAGGGCUCUCUAUUAGUCAAAUACUUCCAAAUUGGUGCCAACUUAUACAGAGCCAGCUUCAUUCUAUUCAUGUUCAUCAUCACGCAAAUCGUUGUCAGUCUCAAUGACUAUUUUGUGCCUAUUUUGCUGAAUGCCGAAGAAAAGCGGCGCUAUCUAGCCAAUCUUGAGAGUUCCAAUCGAACGACCGUCUCCGCGAAUGCGACGAGUCUCGAUACGGACAUAUGGCCAAUGACCACGUACAUCUACAUCUACACGGGCAUCGUGUUGAGUAUUUUCAUCGUAGCCAUCAUCAGAUCAUGGUUCUUAUAUAACACGUGCACAAUGUGCAAUCAGCGUCUACACAAUCUAAUGUUCAACGCGCUAAUCCGUACAGGAAUGCGUUUUUUCGAUACUAACUCAAGCGGCAGGAUCCUCAAUAGAUUCUCCAAGGACAUGGGCGCGAUCGACGAGUUAUUGCCAAAAGGAAUUUUAGACUCAUACCAAUCGAACAUGCUAAUGAUCGGCGCAGUGACAGUAACCUGCAUAGUCAAUCCAUUCUUCAUCAUACCUAUCUUGGUGAUCUCCAUAACAUUCUACUUGUUAAGGAAGAAAUAUCUCAAUAUUAGUAAGGAUAUCAAGCGUUUGGAAGGAAUGACACGCUCGCCGGUAUUUACUCGCAUGAGUACCACAUUAAACGGCUUAUUCACUAUCAGAGCGUACUGCAACCAGUCAAUACUUACGAAAGAAUUCGACAGGUUACAGGAUCUACACACGUCCUGCAUGUACACGUACGACGUGACGACCACGAUUUUUUCAUUUUAUCUGGACAUAUUUUGCGUCAUUUUAAUCACCAUAGUCACUUUCACCUUUUUACUAACGAACAACUCAUUUACCGGCGGGGAAGUGGGGUUGGGAAUCACGCAAAUCUUAGCGAUAAGCGGCUCCAUGCAGUACGUGAUGCGGCAAAACGCUGACAUGACAAACCAGAUAAUGGCGCUGGAACGUAUAAUCGACUACAUUCAGCUGCCACCGGAGUCGAAUUUCAGGGACAGAGGAGUAUUCCUUCAGAAAAAGAAGAGCAACAAGUGGGACAUGGAGUUACCGGCCAACGCUCCCAAGAACUGGCCCUCGAAGGGCAGCAUCGAGUUCAAGAACGUCUACAUGCGCUACGCGGACGAGACCCCGCCUGUUCUCAAAGAACUGGACAUUGUAAUUCUUGCGGGGGAAAAGAUCGGUAUCGUGGGAAGAACAGGCGCGGGAAAAUCGUCGCUGAUAUCGGCGCUGUUCCGAUUAGCAAAAGUGGAGGGUGUUAUCGAGAUCGACGGUGUGAACACGGACUCAAUAGCCUUGGAGGACUUGCGAUGCAAGAUAUCUAUCAUCCCUCAGGAUCCAGUUCUGUUCUCGGGUACUCUGAGAAGUAAUCUGGAUCCUUUCGACGAAUUUUCAGAUAAAGAAUUGUGGGAUGUGCUCGAAGAGGUUGAGUUGAAAGACGCGAUCGUCAAUGUUGGAAACGGAUUGGAGAGUCGCGUGUUCGAGCGAGGCAGCAACUACAGCGUCGGACAAAGGCAGUUGGUCUGCUUGGCGAGAGCUAUCCUAAGGAACAAUCGUAUACUGAUGUUAGAUGAAGCGACUGCCAACGUAGAUCCACAUACGGACGCGUUGAUUCAGUGCACUAUCAGGAAAAGAUUCGCAACCUGCACGAUGCUCAUAGUGGCGCAUCGACUAAACACUAUCAUGGACAGCGACAAGGUCUUGGUGAUGGAUAAGGGUUAUGUAGCUGAAUACGACCAUCCUCACGUAUUAUUGCAAAACAAUCAUGGUAAAUUUACCUCACUGGUAAGGGAGACCAAUACAUACGAUCAGUUGGUGAAGGUGGCGAAGCAGUCUUAUAUUGAAAAGUAUGGCAAAACGGAAUGAAAUGGAACGAACAGGUGGAUUUAGAUACCAAAUUUUUAGCAACUAAAUCUUUCGAAAUUCUAUUUUUCGCUCUUUUAAAAUUUAUCGGGUACACAGAUAUGUAUAUCAGAGUAUGAAAAAAUAUCCAAUAUUUAAGAAAGAAUAAAGUGCAGUUGUAAAUAUAAGCUGACAGGUAGCUUAAGCUUAUAGAUAGCUUUAAGCUAUAAGCUUUGUAGAUUUGACAAUCCAGACUGAUUUCUCGCGGGUCGAGGUACAUUAAAAUCUAAGAUCAAAUGGCAGUUAGAUGAUAUAUCGUGUGAUUAUCUUUGUCACUAUUCAAGAUCUGAAAAUCAGAUCUUCAAAAGACAUGCUGGACGUACAAAGAAUUAUAUUUUUGCAUUGUUGUAUAACAAUCGUCAUUGUGACCCUGUUUCCGAUCUCGAUGGAGCGUAUACAACUCUUGAUGAAUCAUUAUCUUCGAGUACUUACAUUUCUACUAUAAACUUUAUUAUUUUUUUUUAUACCAUAUACUUCGCUUAAACCUUCAAAUAUCGCGAGCUAACACGUCCACUGAGAUUACAACUAACGUACGAACGAAUAAAAUACUCAGACACAACUUACUUCAAGUCAUUUACUUAAUAAGGUAAUAUUCAAUUUUUGUCACUACACAUAGUAGGAAUAAUUUUGUAAACGACCUCUAUACGCAUGCAGCCAUCUGCGUUACCACGAUAUUAUCAAUACGAAAAUUGAAAGUUGAUGUUAAUUAACUAUUGAGAAAUAUAAGAAAUAUAGAGAGUAAUAUAAUAUUUACAUAACAAUAUUUACAUAAUAUAUUUACGUAAUGUAUGAUAAACAUUACUAUUAAGAACAAUAUUACUAUUAAGAACAAUAUAAAGUAUUUUUACGAAUACUUUUGCCGAAUAUUCGAUAAGACUACAUUUUAGUACCGUUCGACGCUUUAUCUACCUCUGGCGUUCAAAAAUGUUUGCAUUUUUUUACGCUUGGCUAUCUUUAUACUUAAUAUGCGAACAACGUUACUGUGUAGUGAGAAGCGCGAAAUGUUAAAUCUCAUAAGUGUACAAGCCCACAAUAAAAAAUAUGGAAUGUACAAUGAA